ACAACCCACGUGACAUGAUAGCAAUUGAAGUAUUAGUUAAUUUUGGCCAAAAAAGAAAAUUUAUAAUCGGUGUGAUAUAGUUUUGCUAUGAAGCUCCGGGCAUUAACUGGAUUUAACUAAACAAGUUUAAAGUUCAAGGUCAGAACAAAUCAGGAGAGAUGCAAAAAGGAUUAUCUACGGCGCCUCAGGUGACAACCACCACUUCAGAACAACCUAUCCGAUUGACGACACUGCGGCUUCAUUACCCAGGAAACAGUUUAAACGAAACAACUGUCGAUGAAACUGCAAGACACGACCAGAGCGAUGACAAUGAAAGGCUUCAACAGAUACGUGCUCAGAGGGAAAGGAAACUACCUCCAGAACCAUCUACGGGUCUCCAUAUAAGGUUUAUCUUUCCAAACGGAAAUGAACGAACUAGACGCUUUGACAUCAAUUGCCCGAUUCAGGAUCUCGUCAAUUUUGCUGGCAGUCAUCCAAAUGCAUCUGAGGAACUUAUUAUACAAAGUGCGAUUGGUACUAAGGUUACCACGUCAUCAAAUGGGACAUUGCAGGAAUAUAAUUUUGUAUCCAACACAACCGUCCAUGUUCGAUGGAUUCCACAGACCAAUAACAACGUUGACAAUCAAACAACUGAUAAAGUUGUAGCCGAAAUGCCUCCGGACAUUUACCCCAAAGAACAAAGCAAUGGCUUGGAAAAGGACUUCUUGAUUUCAGAAGAAUAUGACAUCAUUUACAAGGUGCUAAAGGAAAUUGAAAUAUUCAAACAAGAAGAUCCCUCAUCAUUUAUUCUCCAACAAACCAACAGUAACAACAAUGCUUCGAGGCUAUUUUCUUCAAAAUUGAACACCUCCAUGCACAUCUCCAAUGGCAGUUUUGAGCACAAAACUAGAAAGGGUUCUGUGACCUGUUGCAUUCAAGGUCAACAAGUGUUCGUAUCUGCACCCAAUAUGCUUGAUGGUGAGCCAACCAUGUCGACAGUGAAAGAUUGUCUUGAUGUAGCGCCACAAAAUCCAAGAAUUAUCAGCAAAGUAAAUGAAGGACAAAUUCGUGGAGAAGAAUAUGCCGAAAGGAUCACAAACAAACAACCAUUACAAAGAGUAAAGUGGUUGAAACAAAAUGAGGGUAUAUACAUACAAAAAUUCUUCAAACGUAAAGAAGAAACCUGGUUCGAAAGCAUUCUCAAUCUAUUUGAGGGUAGUAUAAUCGUGACGACAACAAAUCAUUAUUCUGACGAAGACUCAAAAACUACAAAAAUGAUCAGAAAAGAACAAAUUGGUGACGAAACAUAUGAAAAAAGUAUCACAAACAAACACGUAUGGAUUUUUCUUAUGAAUUACUAGAAUGAAGAGUAUUU